CCUCGUUUUGCGGUAGAGGCGGAUUCGAGACAACAGCGAGGGAGAACGAAACCAAGACGAAGACGAAAAACACCGCUUAGGUCCAGCCCUGCUCCAGCCGUUCUGGAUCAAGCCGUGUCGACUCAUCUCGGUUCCGUGGAGGUUCGAACAACCAGAACGGGCCAGAAACACGUGAGCGUACGGGGACGCCGCAGGGCGGCGGGCCAUGUCGUCUGGAGGUCAAGCGCAGGCGUGCCGCCGCCGCCACGACGCGCUUGGUGUGCCACAGCGGGAGCCGAUGGGGGUGGAGCCUGUCCCGCGCGAGGACGAGGUCCCGUGGCCCACGCGGCUCGUCCGCAUUGCAGGCUCGGUGGCGGACGACAACUCGGAGGAGCGGGAGCGCUGGCCGAUCACGCGCACGCAGCGCCGCCGCCUGCAGCGCAAGUGCCAGAAGUCCGCCGCGGAGCAGAUCGCUCUCCAGCAGUGGCGGGCCUCGGCGGAGGCUGGGCAGGCUUCCCCUCCGCUGCUUACGCUGCUGGCGCUGCAUGCCCACGCGGCCUCGGGGUACGCCUGGCCCACGGUCUGCAGCUUCUCGCUGUGAUGGCAGCGGGGCCGAGCGUGCGCCAGUUCGGCAGGUUCGCCAGUGCCCUGCCGGGAGCGGGCGGGCGGGGCCCCGCUGGCAGCUCUCUGACAGCCUCCAGUUCCCGCGGCAUGUGCCUCCCGUCUCCUCAGCCGUGGAGUAUAGGCGGACAGAGGUUUUAGAUCAGGUAGCUCACGCUGCCGCUCGCAUUUUUCCUAUUCGACGAUGACAUUUUGAGUGCUGCUCCGCAUCGCUUUUUCUUGGUCCUCCUCGUCAUGUCCUAUCUGCUCUCCCUCCUCCCUACAGUAGGUUCCCGUCCUGUCGACCAGCGGCGGCCCCGCCGCCGGCGUUCAGCGUCGAACGUCUCCGGCGAUCCCGAAGCAGUCGGUGCUAAAUGCUCUUUCGUUUCGGAAGUGGCCGAUCGUACAGGGCUGACAGAUCCCCGCGGGAGGAGGAGGAGGAGCCAACGCUGGGAUCGGCACGGCGUGAGCCCGCGGUGCCUCCCCGGGGAAGCUGCAGACACAGGAAGCCGACCGUGGGGGUGACGAGUUUCCAACUAUUUUUGUUGUUUGUCGCAGGCCUAGAUGUUGCCUCCAACGUUGAGUAUCUCGGAGCAUCGCCUGACUGUUUUUUUAUACUUGUCCUCGGGGCAUGUGCCCGACCUCACGCCAGGGGCCAGGGACGGUCAGCGCGAGGGGCAGUUCUGCUCGCCCUCGGGGUGCUGGGCUCUCGACGUCGGAUCUAGGAGCGCCUGUCCACGCCAGAGCUCAAGCCUGGUCGGCUCCCAAGCUCAGCGCAUCAGCGCAUCGCGUCACCUUCAUGAACACCUGGUAAGUUGUUGAAUUUCAGGAAGAGAACAGAGGGGAGGGCACAGGAAGCUGCAGUUGCAGCGCUGUCCCUCCGCAGCCUUCUGCGUUGUGGCCGCGCUGAGACUAGGAGAAGUCGGAGGCUGGUGUCAGUGGUGGUGGUGCUGCUGC